AUGGUUGUCCCAACUGACCCCAAGCUGCUUUCCAUCCUCGCCGACAGAGGAGGCGUCAACAUCAGACAGCUCGAGGUCGGGUACCGCGAGUUCGUCGACAAUAUGAUUCCCAAAGUCUUUUGGGGAGCCAAACCCUCCAGCGUCGACCUCAUUCACACUCCCGAGCCCUUUAUCGCCCGCCGCGCCUACAAGCUUACCUUUGACGAGCCUCCCAAGCCCGGCGUCCCCAUGCAGCUCAUCCUCGACGUCAAGUUAGGCCCCAGCCCUAUGAAUGCGAGCGUCUUUGUCAACAUCACCAACCCCGUCGGCAAUGUCUCCACAUUUGACGCGGCCGGUCGUUGUCAGGAGAUCGCUCGGUCUUGGCUUCCCGAUCUGGUCCCCCGCGUCAUUCGCGUCGGUAUCUUUGAGACGGAUGACGGCGAUGUCGAUUACAUCGUGACGGAGCACAUUCCUAACACCGUGACCCUCGACAAGGUCUGGUCCUCUCUCACGCCCGAGUCGCAGGGCCGCAUCAUGGGCCAGCUCGUCACUGCGCUGGAGAACCUCCAGAAGGAACACGGAUUCUCCGAGAAGGAUAUCGAAGAGGCGCUCAGGGCCGUCGAUCUGUCUGGCAACAUCGACUACACCGCCCCCGUGGUCCUCAAUGGCCCCAAGACCCCCGAGUCCAUACCCUUGGACCAAAUCCCGGCCUGGCCUCCGCAGUUCACCUCGCAGAAGCGCGUCCACCUCCUGCUCCAGCGCUAUGCCAACGAGUUCCGCCCCGCCCGUCACCACUCCCCAGCCACCACCUUUACGGAGCGCAAAGACGGCAGCUUCUUCAUCAGAUUCCCCGGCGCCGAUCACCCGAUGGACACCCAGGGCCUCACGUGCAGACACAUCCAGGAGCUCGGCAGGGCCCUCGUCCUUUGCCACAUGGACCUCGAGCCGCGCAACGUCCUCGUCAAGCUCGUCGAGCAGCCCGCCGGUCCCACUGGUCCCGCCGACGGCAAGCCCGAGAAGGAAGUCCAGCUGGCCGGCAUCAUCUCCUGGCAAAAGGCCACUUUCGCACCCUUCUCCAUGGAGCGAGGCCUCAAGGACGCGUUGCUCGGCUGCCAGUUCAAUUCAGACUACGCGUGGUACAGGCUCUUUGUCGAGCGCACCAAGCACCUGAUUCCCGAUCGAUUCUCCAAUGCUAACGAGCAUGUGCUGGCGGCCAUGGUGAGCAUGCGCUUCGCUGCUCGUGCGCUGGACUGCAACUACACGACGACUGCCCACCAGCAGCACUUCUAUGCCAUGGAAAAGGUUACCAUGACCUCAAACCGGGAGGAUGGAUGGGUCAGAAUGCCUGGCGCCCAGGACCAUGAGUCGCCCUCGGACUCGGAGUACCGGGAGAUGGGCAAUGGUCUUGUUCGCAAGCUCCUCUAUAACCACUUCCAGACAAUUCCGAGACACAGCUGGCCACAGAAGAUUGUGGACGCCUUUGCCCAGUAUGGUGCUUGA